ACAUGAAAGCCUUCAUUACUUUUCUGGCUUUGGCUGUGGCCUAUGCCGCUGCUGCUCCCUCCAAGGGAACCGUUGGCAUCAUUUACCCCAAGGAUGAGGUGAAGACCAACAAAAUCGAGGGUCGUAUCACCAAUGGCUACCCAGCCUACGAGGGCAAGGCUCCCUACACCGUUGGUCUCGGCUUCAGCGGAGGUUGGUGGUGCGGUGGUUCCAUCAUUGGCAACACUUGGGUCCUGACUGCUUCUCACUGCACUGGUGGAGACGGUGUCACCGUCUACUUCGGCGCCACCUGGCGUACCAAUGCCCAGUACACCCACUACGUGAGCAGCGGCAACUUCAUCGAUCACUGGGUCGAUGAUAUUGCUCUAAUCCGCAUCCCUCAUGUUGAUUUCUGGUCCAUGGUCAACAAGGUUGAGUUGCCCAGCUACGGCCAACGCGACGACCAAUUCCAGGACAGCUGGGCUGUUGCUUGCGGCUGGGGUGGCACCUACGAUGGCAGCCCAUUGCCCGACUGGCUCCAGUGCGUCGACUUGCAGGUCAUCAGCAACAACGAGUGCGCCUCCGUUUACGGUAACACCAUUGUCAACACCAACAUCAUCUGUGUCCGCGUCACCGACGGCAAGGGAACAUGCCAGGGCGAUUCUGGUGGCCCAUUGGUCUCCCACGACGGUAACAAAUUGAUUGGUGUCACCAACUUCGGUUCUGCUUCUGGUUGCCAAUAUGGUCACCCAGCUGGAUUCCAGCGUGUCACCCACCACUUGGACUGGAUCCGCGACAACACUGGCAUCUCCUACUAAACAACUUAAUUGAAUUCAUUCAACGAGCAAUAAAAAACUUUACAAAAAAAUUA